AAAAGCCCUUACGAUAUCAACUCACGAUUUCUCCUCAUACCUGAAAACAUUUCUAUGUCGCCUCUUUCAAAGAAAUUUCAUAUAAAUCUGACGUAUUUCAAAUAAGGAAAAAUUUGACCGAAGCCUUUCAUUUUCCUCCUUCGGUUUCCCAUGUAGUCGAGAAAAUGAUAGCGUGGGAGAACAAAUCAUUGAGAGCCGUAAGUUUGCCAGGAGUUGAAAUUGCAGUUUUGCCAUUGAAACUAAAAAUCUGAAACAAUGCGUAACCGAAGUCCGCAAGCCAAAUUAUAAAGCGUUUUUCAUUUCAUCGAAACAGCGUGAAUGCAACAGCGUUGAAACGAUGGAUCAUCUCAAAGAGCUAAUUGCGCCAAAAACCUUCAACAAAAUUAGCUAUGCCGCAGUUUUAAUUUGGUUCAUGAUCAGCGCAGUCUUCUUUGGCAUUUUUGCUGAAGUGGAGAACAGUGAAGAAAGAUUUGAUUUCCGCUGUGGUGGAGCGAGGGGCGAUUACACCGACCUAGUCCGUGGAAAAUGUUUCGAGAAGUACGAGAAACAGUACAACAAUCACGGCAUCCCUAUAUAUGGCUUCGUGAUCAUCAAUUUCGGCCUUAUUGGAAUCGUAUGUGCUAUGUACUCCCAAUCAGUGAGACAUACAGUUGAUCAUUUGUCCUCAAGUAACCGUAACGGAGACCCCGAGAGCGGACUGUCGCACGGCCAAGGGAACUCAAGAAGGCCAGAAAAAAACCGCGGACACAAACUUUUCAUCGCUUAUUGUUGUCAACUAUCCACAAGACUUGUCUUAGGAAUUCUCUUCAUAGUCCUACAAACUCAGUGGCUUUAUUCUUUACAAUUUUCCUCAAAGUUUGACUGUUAUUUUAACUAUGAAACCAAUCAGCCAAGGAAUUCAUCUAACACCACCCCAAACAGUACUUUUCACGAAUGUUACAAUCGACGAGCGGAAAGGAAAACCUUCUGGAUGUACACUGUCCUUAUAGUGAAUGGAACUUUUGUCGCUGGCAUUCUGAUUGAAACCGUCUACAUUUUGUUACGAGCAUGCAAAGAGAGGAGAUUCAUACAAGACUCAGAGUUUCUAAAAACCCAUCUAAAUCCCACCGAUGACAAGUUGCUUCAGGAAGCUCAAAGAGGAGAACAUGAACUCAUUCAACUUCUUCUAAGAGAGCGUGAACACCGUCCUACCCAAGUCUCGUUGUGCCCAGAGCCUCCACAAGAUCCUGUUGUCCUACUUCAGCCACGAGACCAAAUCGAGUCGCAUCGAGAACCACGACAGCUUGAUGGAAGGAGCGGAAAAGAGAACUCUGAACAGCUUCAAACAUUCAUCGCGAACACAAAGAAAAUUAUUAAAAGAGACACCCAUUAUCUCGCCGAACUCCGAUCACCGUUUUCAGGUCCUCCAGGGGAACAAACAGCUGCUAAAGAUUUGACUCUGGAUAACAUUUACACAAACCUUGUGGUCAUUCCCGACAGGGCUGUGUACCACUUUACUACAGACAGACAGGAACAACUCAGAGUUUAUUCAAAGUCGCGCGAAGAAGAAUCGCAACUGAAAAGCCUGAAAGACCUCCUAAAUGAUGAAAAUAAGAAAGUCUUGAUUUUCGGUCGUCCUGGAAUCGGCAAGACAUUGUGUUGCACCAAAAUUCUUAGAGACUGGGCAAUUGAUAAGGUUUGCAAUGCCACAUCUGGUACCAAAAUCCAUUUUGAUGCUGCUUUCCUAGUGAAAUUCAGGAGAUUUAACUCGGCAAAGAACCUUAACCUCAGGGAACUACUGAUCGAGUCAGAAUAUUCUCCCUCAAGUCAAUUGCACGAUGAAGUCUGGAAGUACAUCCUGCAGCAUCCUGAGAAUGUCCUUAUAAUUUUUGAUGGAUUCGACGAAUUUAAACAUGGCGCGAACAUGGCCGUCCUAAAGCCUCGCUUUCCCAGCAUCGAAGAAAAGCUGCCGCUCCAAGACCUUUAUCAGUUGCUUGUGACUGGGAAAUUCCUCGAAGAUGCGUCGGUUGUGACGACUACGAGACCUACGGCUUUGGAAGGCAUCGCACAUCUUAAGUUCGACAAAACCGUAGAAAUCCUGGGGUUUUCAACCGAGCAAAUUAGAGAAUAUGUUGACAAAUUCGCUGGAGAUGACAAACAAGCAGGCGAAACACUAUGGCGACACAUCAGCAGCAACAUGAACUUAUUUUCGCUCUGUUACAUCCCUGUGAACAGCUUUAUCAUUUGCUCAAGUCUGUCACAGAUAUCGCAGUUCGAACGUUCCGCUGGCGUUACCCUCCCUUCCAAAUUAACAACGAUUUACAAGAUUGCAGUGAAAGUGUUUUAUUUCAAACACACCAAAGAAUUUCGCGAUAAACGUUUCACUCGCGAAGACUUUGAUCCAGAUGAACUGCCAACUGAAGUGGAAGACAAAUUCGAGAAACUAGGAAGAGCGGCCUUUGAAGGAAUUAAAGAAGGGAAGCUUAUCCUUGAAGGAAACGAAGUACGUGGAAUAGAAGACAGCGCUCUCUUCCACCGCUUACCCGAUCGACAAACUGCACUGGUUAAAUAUAAACCACAAUUCUGCUUCAUUCACUUAACAAUGCAAGAGUUUUUCGCUGCGAGGCACAUAGUUAAUACAAUGAAGGAAAGUGAACUGACGGAAUUUGUUUCCCAAAACAUCAUGGAUGGAAAAUGGCAACUGGUUUUCCAGUUCCUAGCAGGACUAAUGAACGAUAAAGAAAACCUACCGAGCGAAAUUAUCACAGACCUUCUUCCUGUGGAAACUGAAAAGAGAACUGUUAUAGACUAUAAACUGUUGUCAGAGAGUGAAAGGCGAAGGAAAGUAACCAUGUGGCCGACUGAAGGAAAACGGUAUUUAGCAAUGACAUUGUUAAAAUGUUUUAACGAAAGUGAUAGAAUGCAAUCGAUAGUUCAGAGAAAACUACAACAAAUUAACUUUAACGGUUUAAAUUUUUAUUCAAUGGACCUCACAGCUGUUGAUUGUUCUUCGUUAGUAAAUGUAAUUAUGGAUGUUCAACAAAUUUCACGUCUAGAAUUGAGUGUCAAUAACCUGGGUCCUCUAGGUUGUUUUGAGAUUUGUAAAUUGUUAAAAUGUAGGAAAUUUCAACUGAGCUGGUUAAACCUCACAGCAAAUCGAUUGAAAGAUGAAGGAGCAAAGUAUUUAGCUGACGCCAUCACAAGCAACAACUGUCAGCUACGCACGUUAAACCUCAACAGCAAUAACAUCACAGACACAGGAGCACAGCACUUGGCUGGCACACAGGAGCACAGCACUUGGCUGACGCCAUUACAAACAGCAACUGUCAGCUACACACGUUAA